AUGCCCGAAACAUCUCGCAAAGGCCAAAAAUCAAGGAGAGUCCGUCGCCGCGAUGACCCUCCACCAUAUGACCCACUCCUUCCCGAUCCAGAUCUGAAUAUACCGAUUCAUCUCAUAGAGAGUGAGAGUCUUCGCCAGAACAUGAAACGAGAGUUACAGAAAUUGGAUCAGGGGUUUAUCAACCUGAAAGAGCUUCGGUCCAAUAAAUACGAUCACCUCUCUUUUGAGGAGUACCAUCUACUGGUCGCUCGAAUGUUUACAGAGGCGGCUUAUAGAGCUACGAAAAUCGUGGAGACUUUCAAAGAGCCCCCUAUAUAG